AUACUUACGGGCCCGGAUGUUUGCAAUAACGGUUUUUGGAGUGUGAAAUUGUAACACCAGCAUAGGAAUGUUUCAUCGAAUUACAAGCAUGGAUGAAUAUCAUCUUAGCUUCUGGCCUAAACUAGCUCAGGCUUUGACGCUCAUCUUGAACCAAACACCUGGCCAGUUGUUUCCUAUAUCUUAUGAGGAAAUUUACUCGUACGGACACUCCUUACUGGUGUAGUUAGUCCAGUAAGCCCAGAAUGAGUGAGACUCUUUACAGUCAGCUCCUAGAACAUGUGAGGGUUCACUUAAGAUGUGUGGUAGAAACUCUUAAGUGCAAACCUAUUCAAGACGCUGUGGACUGUUUUCUUUUUAUUCUCCACCAGUUCACUCAAGCUGUCAAAGGAAUUGUACCAAUUUUUCAAUAUAUGAAUCGUUUUUUUAUUUUGCCAAGAAUGCAACAAGAUCUUAGCACUAUCUUGACACAACUCUUUGUUAGUGAGGUUGCAGAGAGUGAAGUUUUCAUUGGUUUGGUUACCGAGGCUUUACAACAGGAUCUGGCUGUCAAACCUGAUGAUUUAAUGAAAAUAGCACAGAAUCUAUAUCAAGUCUGUCCAGAAUAUGCCAGAAAGCAUCCUGCUCUGUUUGUUCGUUUUAUCCCCAGUCUGUUUCCUCCAUCCACACUGACACAGCUGGCUGCAUAUAGAUCUCAAGAGCUACUGUGUCAGCAGCAGCUUGAAUCAGAACCUGGUUUCACAAGGGAGCAAAGGGAAAGAAAACGGCUAGCAGAAAGUGAGGAGCCAGAGCAAGAAAAACCAGCAUUAUUACAGCCACCUUUGGAAAGUCAUGAAUGCAACAACAGCUCUGUCGUAGAUGAACCGAUGACACCAUAGAUCAACUGAUUAAUAGAGAUGUAUCAUACCUUUUGUAUACUAUGUAGACUGAGUAGGUGGAUAGACCACUCUAUGUAGUUCUAGUUUUUUUCCUAAGAAACAACAGCAAGCAAAAUAGAGGACAGGAAUUGCUGUAUGAUAAACACCUACAAUCAUUGAAUGUAACUAGACAGAAAGCAAUAUACUAUAAAGC